CUGCAGCAAUAUCUACUUGGAGUUUUGGGACGCUACUGUUUUCGUCACCCUUGAUGACGUUUUGGAGUACUUUGACCCGUGACGUCACCGAAAGCGGCAGGUACGGAAGUUGGCGCUCGCUUCUCGCUUGUAUGCAGCAAAUCGAAACAGGCUGUUGAGUAGGUCGGAUUUAAAAAAGUAUCACACAACACACAGAGUGAAGGUAAGAAAAAGCUGAUGUUUACUGGAACAUCUCAAUGGAUGUGAAACAGGAAAGCUGUGAUGUGGACAGAAAUAUCAUGGAUAUUAAGGAGGAGGACUGUGAGUUGGCGUCCAUCUACCUUAAACAGGAAAGUCUGAGCAUUAAGGAGGAAAACCAUGAACUGCAGGCAGUGGGCAUUAAAGAAGAAGAUGAAGAGAAGUCUGUCAGUAUUGAAACACACAACUGUACAAAUCUGAACAGUGUAAAAGAAGAUAACCUUCAUGAUGGGUGUCAAGAUGGAGUGGUGACCAGGUUAGACUCUUCUCAAAGCAGACAAUGUUCAUCUCCGGAGCCUUCUGUCAAUGUGAAGACUGAAUCAUUACAGGCUAAACCAAAUAUGAAUGAGAAAACUACAUCUGUUAGAGCUCAGGAAAAUCGGUCACCAUAUACAAAGAAGUCUGAAAAAAGAAACAAAGAUCAGUGCAGUUUGGAAUCUGGAAAAGAAUUCUCUGGCAGAAGUGCUCUUCAGAAACAGACUAGAGUUCACAUGGGAAAGAAGCCAUAUUGCUGCAAACAAUGUGGUAAACAGUUUUCACGUAUAAGCCGUCUGAAUGACCACAAUAGAGUUCACACCGGUGAGAAGCCAUAUUGCUGUACUGAAUGUGGUAAACAGUUUUCACAAAUAAACAGUCUGAAGGACCACACUAGAGUUCACACAGGAGAGAAGCCAUAUUGCUGUACUGAAUGUGGUAAACAGUUUUCAAGAAUGAGCAGCCUUCGUAGUCACAAAAGAAUUCACACGAGAGAGAAGCCUUAUUUCUGUAAUGAAUGUAGUAAACAGUUUUCACACAUAAGCAGUCUGAAGCACCACACUAGACGUCACACUGGAGUGAAGCUGUAUUGCUGUAAUGAAUGUGGUAAACAGUUUUCACACAGAAGCAGUCUGAAGUACCACACUAGCUUUCACACAGGAGAGAAGCCGUAUUGCUGUAAUGAAUGUGAUAAACAGUUUUCACAAAUGAGCCAUCUUCAGAUACACACUAGAGUUCACACAGGAGAGAAGCCAUAUUGCUGCCAACAAUGUGGUAAACAGUUUUCACGUAUAAGCCGUCUGAAUGACCACACUAGAGUUCACACCGGUGAGAAGCCAUAUUGCUGUACUGAAUGUGGUAAACAGUUUUCACAAAUAAAGAGUCUGAAGAACCACACUAGUGUUCACACGGGAGAGAAGCCAUAUUGCUGUACUGAAUGUGGUAAACAGUUUUCAAGAAUGAGCAGCCUUCGUAGUCACAAAAGAAUUCACACGGGAGAGAAGCCUUAUUUCUGUAAUGAAUGUGGUAAACAGUUUUCACACACAAGCAGUCUGAAGUACCACACUAGAGUUCACACUGGAGAGAGGCCGCAUUGCUGUAAUGAAUGUGGUAAACAGUUUUCACACAUAAGCAGUCUGAAGAGCCACACUAGAAUUCACACUAGAGAGAAGCCAUAUUGUUGUAAUGAAUGUGGUAAACAGUUUUCACAUUUAAACAGUCUGAAGAACCACACUAGCUUUCACACAGGAGAGAAGCCGUAUUGCUGUAAUGAAUGUGGUAAACAGUUUUCAGUAAUGGACCUUCUUCAGAGACACACUAGAGUUCACAACAGAAUAAAAAGGGUAGCAGUUCAAAAAUCAGUCCAGAAAAAUGGGCAGUGGACUAAAAGUAAGCUCUUUUCUUCCCCCUUUUCUUUUAAACUUUGUACAGGAAAGAAAGAUCAGUGCAGUUUGGAAUCUGGAAAAGAAUUCUCUGGCAGGAGCACUCUUCUGAAACACACUGGAGUUCACACCGGAGAGAAGCCAUAUUGCUGUAAUGAAUGUGGUAAACAGUUUUCAAGAAUGAGCAACCUUCGUAGUCACAAAAGAAUUCACACGGGAGAGAAGCCAUAUUGCUGUAAUGAAUGUGGUAAACAGUUUUCACAGAUGGGCCAUCUUCAGAGCCACACUAGAGUUCACACCGGUGAGAAGCCAUAUUGCUGUAAUGAAUGUGGUACACAGUUUUCAAGAAUGAGCAGCCUUCAUAGUCACAAAAGAAUUCACACGGGAGAGAAGCCGUAUUCCUGUAAUGAAUGUGGUAAACAGUUUUCACGUAUAAACAGUUUGAAGAACCACACUAGCUUUCACACGGGAGAGAAGCCGUAUUGCUGUAAUGAAUGUGGUAAACAGUUUUCACGCAUAAGAAGUCUGAAGGACCACACUAGACUUCACACUGGAUAUAUGCCGUAUUGCUGUAAUGAAUGUGGUAAACAGUUUUCACAAAUAAACAGUCUUCAGAAACACACUAGAGUUCACACGGGAGAGAAGCCGUAUUGCUGUAGUGAAUGUGGUAAACAGUUUUCACAAAUAGGUAAUCUUCACAAACACAGUAGAGUUCACACGGGGGAGAAGCCAUAUUGUUGUAAUGAAUGUGGUAAACAGUUUUCAAGAAUUAGCAACCUUCGUAGUCAUGAACGAAUUCACACGGGAGAGAAGCCGUAUUGCUGUAAUGAAUGUGGUAAACAGUUUUCACGUAUAAACAGUUUGAAGAACCACACUAGCUUUCACACGGGAGAGAAGCCAUAUUGCUGUGCUGAAUGUGGUAAACAGUUUUCAUAUAUAAGCAGUCUGAAGAACCACACUAGAGUUCACAACAGAAUAAAAAGGGUAGCAGUUCAAAAAUCAGUACAGAAAAACAAGCACCCUUCAGGACUCGAGAGUGAGGUUCACGCCUGUCUAGAAAAGUAAGCAAACUAAACUAUUGUUGACACAUUAAUCUCUGAGAGAAGCCAUAUUGCUGUUUGGAAUGUGGCAAACAAAUCUGUCAGAGGAGUUCUCUUCAGAGAUGCACCAGAAUUCACACCGGAGAGAAGUACAGCUGAACUGUCCUGACUUAGAGUGAGGUUCACUCCUGCCUGGACAGUAAGCACAUGUAACUGACUGGAAUCCAUCCUACUUAGUGUUGUGUCAGAAACAAAUAAACACAGAGGAGAAUCAGAAGUUUAUAUCCUUUUUCCUUUUCCAGAAACAAAUAAAGAACAGGGCGGCAUACAAACCUCUUCUCACCAAAGCCCCUACAGCCUCCACCAUGCGCCUAGCUCUGCUUUCAUAACAUACAUAUUACAUAUAGAACUAUUUGCAAUAUAUUAUACACAUUUCAUCAGAAAGAACUCUUUACAAUAUACAUAACCUCACAUAAUAAAUCAUAGUUCAGCUAUCUUCUUCUAUAACACGCUACUG